AGUCAGGCAAAGCAGCUGCAGAGAGACCAGGGAACGCUGACAACAACGGACAGGCUCAUGUUGGGAAAGUCAGAAACGCAACAUUUGCCUAUUCGGUGAUUUUAUGUCCAACAUUUUUCACUUAUAACCUUUUCGGUGAUCGCAUUUUCUUUAUUUUUACGCGUGCGUGGGAUUAUAUUUCACAUUCUCUCGACCUGAAAUGACUGCUAGUCGCCGUGUCUAGCCAAUGGUUACUGCGGGGGCUCCUGUCUUGUGGAUUAUCCGUCGUCGCCGAGCCAGUCGCAUGGUCGAGCCCGGAGGAGGCCCCGCUCUGCUGGAUGGAUGUGUGUGAAGCAGCGCCGGACUCCGAGUACUGAUGAAGACUGUGAUAGUGAUGAUGCUCGGGUUUCAUCGGCAGUGGUUGAACUGAUCUUGGAUGUUCGGGCUAUAUCGCCCCUACACAAAUCAUUUCCUCAUACAGCAAAAAUUAUAUUCCUUAAAAACUGGACGCCCCUGGAGCAGUUUAUGACGACCCUGGUAGGAGCGUGAUGAGCGCGCGCUUCCGCUUGCCUGCUGGCAGAUCCUACAAUGUCCGGGCGACGGAGCUGGAGCGAGACAGGCAGCACACACAGGUUGUGUGCAACGUACUGCUGCUGGACAACACUGUCCAGGCCUUCAAAGUCAGCAAGUCGGAUCAUGGCCAGGUGUUGCUGGAUGCUGUCUUUAAGCACCUGGAGCUGACUGAGAGAGACUACUUUGGCCUGCACUUGGCUGACGACUCCUCAGAUGCACCAGUCAGUGUGAUGUUUUCAGUCAAGCGCUGGCUCGAUCCCAACAAACCCAUCAGGAAACAGUUAAAAAGAGGGUCGCCCCAUAACUUGAGCUUCAGAGUCAAAUUCUUUGUGACUGACCCCAGUAAACUUCAGGAAGAAUACACACGGUACCAAUAUUUUCUUCAGAUCAAGCAGGAUAUAUUAACUGGAAGAUUACCCUGUCCACACAACACAGCUGCACUGCUGGCGUCCUAUGCUGUUCAAUCUGAGUUAGGGGACUACAGUGAAACGGAGCAUAGUCAAGGCUACCUGUCCGAGUUCUGCUUCAUCCCCAACCCUCCACAAGACUUCCACAAAGAGGUCGCCAAACAUCACCAGCAGCACAGCGGUCUAUCUCCUGCCCAGUCAGAGUUUAAUUAUCUGAACACAGCACGUACGCUGGAGCUCUACGGGGUAGAGCUGCACUAUGCAAGGGACCAGAGUAACACAGAGAUUCUCAUCGGGGUGAUGUCCGCUGGCAUUGUGGUUUACAAGAACAGGGUACGGAUCAACUACUUCCCAUGGUUGAAAAUAGUGAAAAUCUCCUUCAAGUGCAAACAGUUCUUCGUCCAGCUAAGAAGAGAGUCGACUGAGACUCGGGAGACGCUGCUGGGUUUCAACAUGGUCAACUAUCGGGCCUGUAAGAACCUGUGGAAGGCCUGCGUGGAGCACCACACCUUCUUCAGACUGGAGCGGCCCAUCCCACCACAGAAGAACUUCUUCGCUCAUUACUUCACCCUGGGCUCAAAGUUCAGAUACUGUGGGCGGACGGAGGUGCAGUCUGUGCAGUAUGGAAAGGAGAAAGGCAUCAAGGACAGAGUGUUUGCCAGCAGGUCUCCCAGUAAGCCAUUGGCUAGAAAGUUGGUGGGCGGAACUGACUGGGAGUCCGUCAGCAGGAACAGCCUAUCAGAUGAGAGACUGGAAACCCAGAGCCUGCCCACUCGCUCGCCGCCCGGGACGCCCAAUCAGAACUCACUGUUUGUACAAGAGGGCACGCGACUACGCCCGUCAUCCGUUGGCCACCUGGUCGAUCAUGUGAUCCAUGCUUCACCCAGCCUUCCUGUCUUCUCCUCCAAUCACAAGUCAGCGUCGUCCACGCAGGCCAACAGCAUCAGUCUGGACUCUACACCGUCUCCCGAGGGGGUAGAUGGCCAGCCUCCAGCUCUGCCUCCCAAGCAGCUGAGUAGGAAGACCUUGAGCCAGAUCAUCCAGGCCCACUCUCAACAGAGCCUCCUGGACAACCACAUCAACGAGAUGUAUGAUGUUCCUGUCAAUGCUGAUAAGACCACGCUGAACGGAGUAGUCCCUCAUGACAAUUUGGUCCUGAUCAAGAUGAGACCUGAUGAGCAUGGACGAUUCGGCUUCAAUGUGAAGGGCGGAGCAGACCAGAAGAUGCCUAUCAUUGUGUCUAGAGUAGCUCCAGGAACAUCAGCUGACCUGUGUGUGCCACGCCUUAACGAGGGCGACCAGGUGGUCUUAAUUAACGGCCGGGACAUCUCUGACCACACCCAUGACCAGGUGGUCAUGUUCAUCAAGGCCAGCUGUGAGAGCCAUUCUGGGGAGCUCAUUCUAUUGGUCAGACCAAAUGCCAUCUAUGACGUGGUGGAGGAGAAGGUGGACUCGGAGCCAGAUUUUCAGUACAUCCCUGAGAAGUCCCCUCAGGACCCCGCCCAGCUAGACCAGCAUGCUUUGAGGGACUCUAUGGUCGCACUGAAAGAAGGCCUGAGCAGUGGAGCCAUACUGGCACAGUUUGAUCAACUGUACAGGAAGAGGCCGGGGAUGACCAUGCUGUGUGCCAAAUUACCUCAGAACGUUUCCAAAAAUCGCUACAGAGACAUCUCUCCUUAUGAUGCCACCCGGGUCAUUCUGAAAAGCACAGAUGACUACAUCAAUGCAAAUUACAUCAAUAUGGAGAUUCCAGCCUCCAGUCUGAUAAACCGCUACAUAGCAUGCCAGGGCCCGCUGCCCAACACCUGCCCUGACUUCUGGCAAAUGACCUGGGAACAGGGCUCAUCCAUGGUUGUCAUGCUGACUACGCAGGUCGAGAGGGGGCGGGUAAAGUGUCACCAGUACUGGCCCAACCCAGACAGCACCACCACCUAUGGAAACUUCACAGUUACGUGCCACAACGAAGAGGGCAACUCUGCCUUCCUGGUCCGAGAGAUGACUCUCAUGCACACACAGAGUGAGCAGCAGAGAGAGCUUACUCAGAUUCAGUACCUGGCUUGGCCAGACCACGGCGUUCCUGAUGACUCCACUGAUUUCCUGGACUUUGUGGCUCUGGUGCGGACCAAACGGGCUGGACAGGACCAGCCAAUGGUGGUACACUGCAGUGCUGGAAUUGGUCGGACAGGGGUUCUGAUCACAAUGGAGACAGCAUUGUGUCUAAUGGAGUGUGGUCAGCCAGUGUAUCCUCUAGAUAUCGUCAGGACCAUGAGAGAUCAGAGGGCCAUGAUGAUACAAACCCCUAGCCAGUACCGCUUCGUGUGUGAGGCCAUCCUGAAAGUCUAUGAGGAGGGUCUGGUCAAACCACUCAAUACCGCUGUCUACCAGCAGAGAGAGAAGGUGAAUGAUGAGAGGGAAGAAGAGAAGAAAGCGCAGCAGAAAGCAGCAGAAGAGAAGGAAGAGACGGCAGCAACAGAGGAAGGCGAGGCGGCCGUGGUGGAGUUGCUGGAAGGAGGGCUGGAUGAAGAGGACGACGAUGACGAGGAGGUGGAGGUGCUGGACGUGGGGGAAGUGACAGAAGAGGGGGAGGAGGAGGAAGAAGAAGAGGAGGAGGAAGUGGAGGAACCUAGCGUCGCAAGUGCCACCAGCGUGACAAGCGAGACCAGCGCGAACCCUGAGCCUGAUCCAAAUAACCUGUGACGUUUGAUCCCUGGGGGUCAUCAGGGGUCACCAGGAAGAGGCCAGGCGGUCGGAGGAGAGAACAAAAGCACUGUUGCACUUUACGCGGACAAAAACGGAAAAAAAAGACAAACAAACAAACGUGAAAAUCAUGGACAAGAUAGAAUUAAAAAAAGAAAUCCAGCUGUGUUGACUAGGUACCAUUAGGGGAUAUUGUAUGUUCAGGGUAAAGAAAAAAAGUAUACAAAGAAUGAGAAGAUUAAAGUAUAAGAGAAUAAAAUGUGGAUGGGGAAUUGCUGUAGUGCCAUAAGUACGAAGGGGAAGGGCUGCCCCCAUGGAUGGAAAGCCCCGCCCCACCCCACCCCCUCCCUUUGUUUUAUUUCUUUUGGGUUUUUUUUGGUUUUUUUUACCCCAAGGGUUGCCCUGUCCCCUUCUGAGUGAGUCUGCCAGACGGACCUGCCUUUUUUUUAGUGUCCUUUUAGCUGAUAAAGAGAUAUACCUUAUCUUUUGUUCCUCAGAAAGAGUAUUUAUUGUGUUUUAGUUUGUGUCAAACCCUGUCCACUGAACAAAAAAAAGUUGUAUGUUUUGUUUGUAUGAGUCUAGAGCUUCAUGCUUUCCUGAUUAAAUCUUAGGUAGUAAAGUAGUGUGAUUCCUCUUCUUCUAACUACUUCUUUAUUUCUUUUUGCUUUUUUGUGGAAAAAAAAGAACAAUGAUUUAAUUUAUUGUACUUGGUUUUUAUCUUUCUCGGCUUUCUUGUCUAAGUUUCUGACAGCACAGACUGACAGAUGGACAGCUGAAAGCACUUUGUGUCUCACCUCUUGUUCAAUGCUGUGGUGAGUUGGAUACUUCAUCCUGCUUUGUGCUGUGUUUUUGGGCUUACAGACACACAUGCUCUGAAGUGGCCGUCGUUUGGUGUGGUGAGGAAUAUAACUGGUUUACAAUCCUCAGGGCUUGUGUUUACUGGGCACCUCCCUUUCAAUUCUGUACUAGUCACAGCAGCUACUGUUGAACUGUGACUGUACAUUUCCCACUGAUAGACAUGGUGAAAGAAAAUGUUAACUUUGAACAUCGAUUGAUUAUUUGAAAUGAAUUCAACACAAGGAAACAGUGUCACAGAGAAAGGCCCCGGUAGACACACGGUCUCAUUGAGUUACAAUCGAAGUAAUUUUGCAGUCGUCAUGGCUGACAAAGCUGAGAAAACAAGGCUGAGGGCAAUUCAUUUCUAUCUUCAAAUUCAUAUUCAGUCAGUUCAACGUUUAAAUCAAACUUGCGACUGACAGAGUGGGCAGCAGAGUCCUUGCUUAAGUGUCCUUGAGCCCGACACUGAUAGCAAAGGCCCACUAAGGCUUCUCUCUUAUUGGUUACCCCUGACCAGCACGACUUUUAGUAAAUGUCGAUCCACUUUGUGCAACCUAUAUAUUUCUUUGCACUGGUCAUUAUGCUAGAAACAAAUAGGGGUCUUAUGAUCAGACACCAGUAACAGUUAAUUAGUUCUCAAGUGGUUGAAAGCUGCUGGAAGUUUUAUGCAAUCAGUAUUUGUUUUUCCCCAAGGUUUCACCAAAAAGAUUGCUUGCUGAGUUGAUGGUGAACUGAUCUCCACCUUUGUGUGAAGGGUAAAAACUGAACUUUAGCUCCCUCCAUUGGCCUCCCCACAUUUUUUUUUUUUCACAUCCAGAAGCCAAGACUUUUGUAACCUGUAAACUGAAGUAAACCCAAGUACCUGCUUACACUUUCACAGUGACGAAGACUGGUGGCUUUACUUUAUAUGAGCAAUCAUGUGACCCAAAACUAAGAUCAGUAUGACUAAUUAUUUGUUUAGGAAUAAGUUCCAGUGGAGUCGAGAGGUCACUGGAACGUAGCUUAAAACCAACCAUUGUUGAUUAAUUUUAUCUGAGUCUGUGUGUGUGUCUGCCAGGGAACAGUUGACAGUUCAAAGAGGCAGCACAAACAGAAAAUUCAACUAAUACUUAAUCUUUUUUAUUGAUCUUUCCCAGUGGUACUUCAUCAUUUUAAGGCACAUGUUGUUUUUAAGCCAAGAUGAUGUGUUAUGAGUGAUAAGAGAUUAAAUGAUGACUUGUAUUUUUAAUUCACAAAACCCAGCAUCAAGUUGCUCGUUGAGUUUCUUUUUUUUUUUCUUUUUUUUUUUUGUCAAAGUACAGGUCAGGCUGUCGAUGUGUUUCUCAUAGCGGUAUGGAAUGGAGUUUAAGCCUCUUUAUAAUUUGAGAUAUUUUUCUUAUCGGCUGCUUCAGUACCUGCUGUCAUUGGCUCCUACAAUGGACUCUGCUGGAAAAACCUACUGCUGUGCGUGUGUGUGUGUGUGUGUGUGUGUGUGUAUACUCAGAUUUGUCUUUAUCUCUCUCUGUACCGCUCCCUCUCUCCCUCUGUCAUUUAUGAAAUAUAGUUUGUUAGCUGUCUGGUCUAAAGCCUGCUUGUUGGUUAACUGGAAUGAAAGGUUGUGCCAUAAAGCCAUAAACCUAAUCUAACCUGAUCUCAAGAUUUUUGAAAAAAAAAUGCAAAGAGAGCCUUCUUGGAGAGUCUUUUUUUUGUUUGUUUGUUUAAGUCAGGCUCAAUCUUUGCCUGUGAAACAAAGAUUUUAACUGUUCUCAUACAUCCCUUUCAAACAGCUGAAUCAUACUUUUGCCACAUGUAGAGGUGGGAAGAAGAGCCUAGAAACGGCUUUUCCUCUUCACUCUAUUUUUUAAAACCUCUCCUGUGUUGUGUCCCUCUCCCAAAGAACUCCUUCUCUCAGGCAACAUCAGUCAUUUCUGUAGAGCCCACGCAACAUCCACAGUCCAUUCUUCUCAUUGUUUUUCCCCUGAUGCCUCUCUUUUGCAUCAUUAUACAUGGAUCCCACUCUCUCUGCAUGGCCUCAAGGCGAAUGACACAUCUGAGCAGAUUACCAUGGGUACAGUAGCUCAGUUUCAAACAGCUUGUUUUCCCCAGAAGGACAAACUGAGGCCAGCCAGUGAAUGACUGACUGAUUAGCUGGUUUUUAACUUUUUAUUUUUUAUUGACAGUUACUAAUACAUCAAAGACCCAACAUGUAUGAGCUUAUAAUCAAAUGAACAGCAACACUAUUCAAACCCCCAGUGGCUUUUUUUCCAUCAGUUUUUGUAUUUGCCAACAGGGCCAAUCAAAUCGAAAUACCACCAAAUCAAAAUCGUUUAUCGCUUAAAUUGAGGUUCAAAAAACCUUGUCGAUUUCUAACGAGAAAACAAAACAUUGGCUGCAGUGAAAAGUUAAUAAUUGAUCAAUCAGGGCUGCCAGAGUUUCCAUCUGCACAAAAUGUCCAGCAAUGAGCUGUCUGUGUUCAAAGUGUUUUGAUGUUGACACAUAAUUGGUACUGUCUGUGUGUUCAGGGUACUGAUCAAAGGUAGUUUGGAGGGUACCAGACAUAAAGAGGGCGUGGGUUAGUUGUAUUUUUGUAAAGAUGAAAACAGUUCUAGUUGGCUAGGGAAAGGACAGCACUUUGUAGAAGGCUUAGUGGCAGGUAGUGCUACUGAAAGAAAAAAAAAAAAGUCGGAGACAUAAAGCAUUGUUAAAAUGAGUUGUGAUGAGUUGAGUCUUUUUUUUUUUAUUUAUCAUUUUUAUUUUGUUUGAAAAUAAGACACCUGUAGGGAACAAGAAAAAGAAAAGAACUCCUAACUACACAGUGCCACUUGUUAAUUUUUUGUAAAUAAUACUAGACCAUGUAAAUACAAUGUUGUAUAUGAAAAAAAAUCUUUAAAAUAAAAGGGAAAAUCAUUUGUGAGCAGAAAGAUUUUGUUUUUAUUUUAUUUUUGAUUUUUUUUCUUCUUCCUUUGGAUGAUUCAAAUGUGACACAAAUGGUGUGUAUUUCAAGACUGCUAUUUCAAAAUUUUUGUUUUAUUUGAAAAGUAAUCUAUAACAGCGAGUGUAUAUAUAAUGAAACACAAAAUAAUGAGAAAUGUUUUACCGUAUUAUACCCUUGGUUAACUCCUACCUGUGUCAUAAAAACCUUUGUCCUCA